AUGCCCAACUAUGAGAAGAUUUUGAAGGAUAUUUUAACUAAGAAGAGGAGGCUUGGUGAAUUUGAAACAGUGGCAUUGAUUGAAGGUUGUAGUGCUAUAUUGAAGAAUAAAAUUCAUCCUAAAUUGAAAGAUCUAGGUAGCUUCACAAUUCCUUGUUCUAUUGGUGGUACAGACGAUGGUAGAGCACUUUGUGACUUGGGGGCUAGUAUAAAUUUGAUGCCCAUGUCAAUUUUCAAGAAGUUGGGGAUUGGAGAAGCAAGACCAACUACAGUCACUUUGCAAUUAGCGGAUCGUUCUAUGGCACACCCGGAAGGAAAAAUUGAAGAUGUACUUGUGCAAGUUGAUAAAUUCAUUUUUCUGGCUGAUUUCAUCAUUCUUGAUCAUGAAGCGGAUAGAGAUUUUCCGGAUGAGAUUGAGGAAUGUUCUAGGCUAAGUGUAAUUGAGUCUAUUGUCGCUGAAAAAUUCCACAAGGAAGCUUUUAAAGAUGGAGUGGGGGUGAGGUCACUUGAAGAGCUUGAAGACUUAAGUGAAGAGGAAGAAAUCCAAGUUACAUGGGUGGAGUCAAAGCAGCCCUUUGCUAAAUUUAGGAGGCCUUUUGAGUCAUUGAACUUGUCGGAAGGGAAUUUUAAGCCUCCUAAGCCUUCUAUUCAAGAUCCACCAAAAUUUGAGUUGAAGCCCUUGCCUAGUCACUUGAAAUAUGCUUAUUUGAGAGAUAAUGAGACUUUGCCUGUGAUUAUUUCAGCCAUGUUAGGAGCAGAAAAAGAGCAAUUGUUGCUUGCUGUUUUGAAGAAAUAUACAAGGGCCAUUGGUUGGACCAUGGCAGAUAUAAAGGGUAUAAGUCCGUCAUUUUGUAUGCAUAAAAUUAUGUUGGAGGAUUGUUGUAAUAAUUCUGUUGAGCAGCAGCAAAGGCUUAAUCCUAUCAUGAAGGAAGAUGUUAGAAAAGAGAUAAUUAAGUGGCUUGAUUAUGGAAUUGUUUACCCAAUUUCAGAUAGUUCAUGGAAGGAUGUCGUUUGGGCUGUGCAAUGCCCCACCACUUUCCAACGUUGUAUGAUGGCGAUAUUUUCAGAUAUGGUGGAAAAGUCUCUUGAAGUCUUCAUGGAUGAUUUUUCAGUAUUUGGGGAGUCCUUUGACACUUGCAUUGUAUUGGGCCAUAGAAUUUCUAACAAGGGCAUAGAAGUGGAUAGAGCAAAGCUGGAAGUCAUUGAAAAAUUACCACCACCUACUACAGUCAAGGGGAUUAGAAGUUUUUUAGGACACGCGAGCUUCUAUAGGAGGUUUAUAAAAGAUUUUUCAAAGAUUUCUAAGCCCCUUUGUUCCUUACUUGAGCAAAAUCGAGCAUUUGAGUUCACCAAGGAGUGUCAAGAAGCAUUUGUGACUUUGAAGAAAGCUCUUAUCACCGCACCCAUCAUUGUAGCUCCAAAUUGGUCUCUCCCCUUUGAAUUGAUGUGCGAUGCUAGUGACUUUGCUGUGGGUGUCGUACUUGGGCAGCGAAAAGAGAAGGUGUUUCAUUCCAUUUAUUAUGCAAGCAAGACAUUAGCCGAUGCUCAAUUGAACUAUACCACCACCGAGAAAGAACUUUUGGCGGUGGUGUUUGCUUUUUAUAAGUUUAGAGCUUAUCUUGCGGGGACUAAAGUGGUGGUUUACACUGAUCAUUCAACGAUCAAGUAUCUAAUUGCCAAGAAGGAGGCUAAGCCAAGACUUAUUCGAUGGGUGUUGCUUCUUCAAGAAUUUGACUUGGAAAUUUGGGAUAGAAAAGGAACGGAGAACCAAGUGGCUGACCAUUUAUCUAGACUUGAAGUUGGAAGUGAAAAGAAAAAUGAAGGGCCUAUUAAAGAGACAUUCCCCGAUGAAGAAUUGUUAGUUGUGAACCAAGUCACUACACCAUGGUACGCUGAUUUUGUGAACUAUUUGGUAAGUGGUUUGCAGCCACCUGAUUUGAAUAGGCAGCAGCUCAAGAAAUUCUUUCAUGAUGUUAGAUUUUUUUAUUGGGACGAGUCCUAUUUGUACAAGCAAUGUUCAGAUUGA